GUGUGUUUUUAUUGAUCUCAGUUUGUGUUAAUACGUAACAAUUAUGUCUCGUAAAGAUUUAACGUUGAUUGAAAACAUUUCUAAUCUGGAUAAAAUUAGAGCUCAAUGUCAUUCUUCCAGUCUUCGUGAGUUAGAGAAAAUAAUAGACACCUCUAAAUCGGUACUAAGCCGAUUGAAAAAUAAUGAAAAAGCUAUUCGUGAACAGUGGGAAAAAUUAAACGACAACAAAAGUACACCUGUAAACAGAAAAAGAAAGCGAGAAGGUAAAGAUCCCGAAGUAGACAAAGCUAUGAACGAAUGGUUUUCUGCUGUUACAGAACGCGGUGUUCGUAUUUCGGGCCUCAUGUUAGAGCAGAAAGCUGAAUUUUUUACUAAUUAAAUUCGACAUGGUAAUUUUAAGGCCACAGAAGGUUGGAUAAGUCGUUGGAAGGAUCGGAAUUAUAUUAAGUUCAAACGAUUUCACGGAGAAAUAUCAAGUGCUUAUUCAGUUAAUCGGAACAGUCGGAUAUUGGGGACAAAUAGGUCACCGCCCAAUGUGUCCCAAUUAAGCGGAUUCUACUGUAUUUAAAAUCAAUUUCGAAACCGGUUUUAAGUCAAUGUUUAACAGUAUAAGAAUUAAAAUAAUUAUGAUGUCAUAAUUUAAUUUUCCUUGCC